ACCGUGCGCGUCCACGAGGCCGAGUGAUGUCACCAGAGGCUCCCUCCCACUAGUAAGCGCGGCUCCCGAGGUGAUGCUGCGCGAUCCCUGAAAAUGUUGCGCAGGUUGUAAUGCAAAGAAGAAGAGGAGGAGAAGGAGAAGAAGAAGCAGCGUCGGCGGGAGCUGUCCGGGAGUCCUGCACAUCUCACCGCCUGCAUCACCUGCAUCACUGAGGGAGGAGGCCGAGGGGCGCAGCUGGAGGAUCCUGCAGCCUAGUGCACCAUAGGAAGAGGCAGUCAUUGCGAACUUGCAAGAAGUAGGACACGGUAUCUGGAGAGAAAGGGGAGCUGUGUGCCCGGACUGCGGCACCUACAGAUUUAGGAAUUAGGCGGAGUGCUAGGAGAAGGGGUGUGGGCAUCCGAAGAUUAGCACCCAUACUGCUAGGAAGAAGUGAAGACUCAGCGCCACCAGCUGUGGCAGCGUACUGGCAGGCACGUAGUGUGGCACGGCACCCUUGGCACUCGUGCAUUGCAGAGAGGGGGGUGUGUCAUCUGCCUCUCACUCUGCAAUAGAAGAGAACCCUCUAUCUGCAUUGAGAGGAGGGGGUCUGUCUACUGGUGGACUGGAGACCACCUGGCACAGAGAAACAACGCCAGAUAUUGGCAUGGAGCUGUCUGCCAUUGGAGAGCAAGUGUUUGCAGUAGAGAGCAUUCGCAAGAAGAGGGUAAGAAAGGGUAAAGUGGAAUAUCUAGUGAAGUGGAAAGGCUGGCCCCCCAAGUACAGCACGUGGGAACCAGAAGAACACAUUUUGGACCCACGUCUUGUUUUGGCAUAUGAAGAAAAGGAAGAAAAAGAAAGAGCCUCUGGGUGCAGAAAACGAGGGCCAAAACCUAAACGCCUCCUACUGCAGAGGCUUUAUGGUAUGGACCUACGCAGUGCACACAAGUCCAAAGAGAGAAAACUCUGCUUUUCCUUGUCUCGGAGGUUCAGCAGUGGUCUCGGCUCUAAACCCACAACAGCUUCCACAGUGCCAGAGAAAGCCAAAUCACUGCAGUUCCCCCUCAGCAAGCAGCGUAAAGGGAGGAAGUUUUUGUGCCUCUCACGCAAGAAGUUUCUACGCGUAUCAACCUAUGAGCCACUGACUCGCAGAACAGAUUUCUUUGCCAAGGAGAAUGAAAAGGAAGAAGCUCAAAGCAUCCCUGAUUGGCAAGAAGAGAAACCAGCAGAGGAAGAUGCACAUGAAGACGAAACUAUGCAUGAGGCUGACAUUAAGGCUCUGGAGCUCACAGAAUCGAUAAGGAGGGAGAGAUCACACUUACAGAAAGGCAGGAGGCUCGGUGAUCUUCGGAAGCAGUGUAGAAAUGACACAAUAUCAGCUACUGCUCCUCCUUGGCUUCCUGCCCUCCCCUUGCCCAGUGAGAUUACCGUUACAGACAUCACUUCAAAUUCCAUCACGGUGACUUUCCGUGAAGCCCGAUGUGCAGAAGGCUUUUUUCGGGACCGCGGUGAUGAAUGCUAGUUGCUGUAAUCAUUCUUUUCUCUUCCUCCCAUGAAAUGAAGUAUAUAGACAAAAAAUAACAGUAAACAAAGGAGAGAUUCCUCCAUAAAAAGGCCUGUAUAACAGUGCAGAACAGUGGUCCUGUUUUAGGAAGAGUGUGUUUUUUUUUGUUUUUUGCCAACUCCACAGAAACUUCAUUAACAUUGCUUACAUUCUUUCCUGAAUAACUACAAGGCUUCAACAACUGGUCCUUCUCUUUGAGAAAGUCACAUGGAGAUAUUCUGAUAUACAGAUGCUGUUUCAUAUGGGCAUUGUAAAUGAUGGCUGCUUUGACAGUAUGUAGUUUGUGUUUGCUUUUAUUCGGAAGUAUAAAGCUGUGCUCUUCCUGUGCAUGGAUGAAGCAUUUAUCUUUCACAUGGAUUUGAGAGAGAGAGAAGUUGCAUUUAUAGUACAUAAAUGGAAAACCUGAAAUAACACAUCACUUUCAUGCAUACAUCCUACACUUUGUACUAUAACUCUAAUAGGAAUACUCAUGAUUGAACGCCAUGCAUAAUGGCAAUGUGUGCGCAGUAGUAGUGUAUCCAUCAAUGGUUUAGCUACAGUAAUAUCCCAUGCUGAUACAGCAGAUGAAAUCUGUGUAUCCAUACAGCACCUUAUGAGUACCAAACAGAAAUUAGCGCACUUACACUCGGUAUACUACAUAAUAGACCUAUGUCCGCAUAUAGAUAGUGUAACAUUUGCAGCUGUGUUAAUGAAACUUGGUUGAUAACAAAGUCAGAGUUCUUGAAUUUUACAGCUUAUAUUAUACAUUUGUGCUACAGAUGUCUAUCUGAUACUAUGUGCACAGAAUCUAUAUGUACCCCUGCUUGUUAGCUACAGACCACAAGCCCAGGUCAGUCUAUUAUCCUGAUUGGUUAAUCGUUUGUUAUACUGUAGUAGCUAAUGACGCAUGCAUUACCUUCUGCACUGACUACUAGUCCGUCACUGUUUUUGUAAACGCAAAGUGUGUAUCAACACAUACAUGUCUAUUUCUGACUGAGCAGCAGUCAUUCAUUGAUAGAAAUAAGAACCAUGAAGCUACUGCUGUUUACCAUGUAGAAUACAUUGCUGUAUAUCUGGAUACAGUUGCUGCUUUACUUACUGGUUUGCUAGUACCUUUGUAUUUCAGGCCUCUAAGGAAAACCUUAAAAAAAAAAUUGAAAUGUGUGGUUUAAAUCCAUUGUAUCCUCUAGUAUGAAAUGCAGAUAGUUACAUGAAACUUCUCCUUUAGCAAUAAGGGCCUAUAAAGGGGGAUGUCACACAGUUUUUGGGGCAUUUUCUAUAACCAAAACCAGAAGUGGGUUGGAAGGAAAUCUGAAAUAUAAAGAUAGCACUUACACGUCUCCACCCUGUUGGAUCGACUCCUGGCUCAACCCCCCCCCCCCCCCCCCCCAAAAGCUUUGUGUUUUGUGUGACACCAUCCCUAGAUUAAGUAUCGUAAAGGGAACCUGUCACCCCUUUUAUGCUGAAGUAAUGACAGACAUGAUGAAACAACAAUCUAUCACUUGUCUGCUAAUGUAAAGUGGCUGCUGUGAACUUAAGCCCUGAUUUAUCAACAGGACAAUUUUGAAAUUUGUCUUCACAUUUGUCUGUUUGUGUAAAGGUAACAGUCUGUGUGCCAAAUUUAGGAAAGUGGCACACAGCACUUAUUAUAUUUGGCACAGGCAAACCAUCACAUUGUGGCUUAUUGUCACCUGCACAGCCCAGGUCAGGAGUGGAGAGCAGCUGAAACUUCCCCUAUAAUAAAUCGAUAAAUGUGUCUUACACUAAAAAGAACAAAAGUCGCAAUUUACUCUAAAAUAAAGACAAAACCAGUUUGAUAAAUCAAUAGUUUAAUGCUAACAGUGCACACUAGAAAAAGAUAGCGCUGAUCCAGUGAAGAGACCAGGUUAUUCAUGACUCCCUGAUUUCCCCUACUACCGUUCUGUUAUUGGGGAAACACAUGAGUUCUGGUGACUCUUCUCGGAAGGGUCCUGUCAUUAUUCAACUGUAAGUUCUCAGCAGCCAUUUUACUUUAGCAGAUAAGUGACAGGUAACUGAUUUCAGCAUGUCUGGUGGUGACUGGUUUCCUUUGAAAGAUGUGUCACAAUGACAACCCUAUCCAUCAUAGAAAGGGUCCCUCAACAAUGAGUACUGAGAGCCACAAAGUAAGAAUGGCUCCAACAGCUUCUGCUUUAAGUGCCCAAAUUUAUUGUGUCAGCACUUCCAAAGAGCUGAACUACAGACCACAAGUGAGGAAUUGUUUUGUUACUUGUUUGUUUGUUUUUUCUCAUUCUGUAUGUUAAUCUAAGAAAGAGCUGGAUAGAUUGAUCUUUGUGUAGGUAGCUGUUGAACUUUGAGCACUUCAAAUCUUCAUUCUAAUAGGCCUCUAAGCUUAUCCAUGGAGUGCGCCCUUUAAUCUUACCCAAAUAUGCAACUGGCGGACACAGGGUAACAUGUACAUGAGAGGGAUAACUGAAUAUUUGACAUGAGCACUUUAUUUUGCUUUAGGAAGUAUGUAAACACUGGUAUUUUGGCUCUUAAUGUUGUAAAUGACAAUAGUUCAUUCUUUUCAUGGUCUGCUUACUAGUUUGACCAGUCAUUAUUCUGCCUCUAUGCACUGUUUUGUGGGAUAUAAGUGUAUUUAGCUGGAAUGAAAUAUGUUUACUAUAGGUGGGAAACUUUCAGAGCUUGAUUGUUUAAGCUUGUGAAUUGAUAUAGUUCCUUCUUAAUUGUUUUACUAGUUGUAUGAAUAAUUGUUCAAAAGCCGAACUUAAUACAGCACUUCCAGAUGAUCAGCAGAUGCUAACUUUGUUCCUAAAGCUUAGUCAUACACAUUCAAUGGCUGUUGGCCGAACGAUUGUUCUACCGAUAGCUAUCUCUCCCAACUUCCCCAUACACAUACAUGUUUGGUUCGGCCAAACACAUAUGUGUUGUCAAUGGGGAUAGUGAGGAGACAGCUAUUGCUAGACACUUCUGAUAGCGGCUUAUCUCCCUAGAGAAGAAAAGGAUCGGGAAAAAGUAUUCAGUUUGACUGAUACUUUUCUCUCACAACAUUAUCUGUCUUGCGACAGUAGAGAGCUCCCCAUACACAUUAGACCAGGGAUCAGCAACCUUCGGCACUCCAGCUGCUGUGAAACUACAACUCCCAGCAUACACACUUUCUUGGCUGUUAUUGUAACUCCCAUAGAAGUGAAAGGAGGAUUCUGGGAGUUGUAGUUUCAGAACAGCUGGAGUUGCUGAUCCCUGUAUUAGACCUCAUCCAAAGCUGCCAAUGUGAAUGAGUUCCACCGACAAUACACUAAUGUGUAUGGGGGCUUUUAAAGUCUACUGCUGCUUAAGGGUACUUUCACACUAGCGUUUUUCUUUUCCAGUACUGAGUUCCAUCACGGGGGCUCAAUACCAGAAAAAAACUGAUCAGUUUUAUC